AUGGUUUACACACUCUAUAUCGGUAACAAGCGCUACUCAUCAUGGUCGAUGCGCCCCUGGGUCCUCCUCAAGGCGCUCGGCAUCUCCUUUGACGAGAAGCUUCACCUCUUCAGCUCCGACCUGCCCAAGCAGCGCCGCGAGUUCCUCACCUUCUCGCCCUCCGGCAAAGUACCCCUACUCGUCGACAGCGAGACUGGGGCUGUUGUCUUCGACUCGCUCGCCAUUGCCGAGUACAUCGCCGAGGAAUUCCCGGCCGCGUGGCCCAAGGACAAGCUCGCGAGGGCCUUUGCCCGGUCUGCCGCGGCGGAGAUGCACUCGAGCUUCAGCGCGGUCCGCAACGAGUGCUCCAUGAACGUCGCCCUGCGCAUCGAGCUGGGCACCCCGAGCGAGGCUCUCCAGCGGGACAUUGAUCGCCUGGCGGAGCUCUUCACCGAGGGCAUCACCAAGUUUGGCGGCCCGUGGCUCGCCGGCAAGGAGUUUAGUGUUGCAGAUGCCUUUUACGCGCCGAUUGCCUCGCGGUUCAAGACGUUUGGGGUUCAGCUGCCGGGGGCUGCGGGAGAGUACAUUGACCGGCUCUAUGAGCAUCCCGCUGUGCAGGCAUGGGUCGAAGGGGGCAUUGUCGAGCCGACUCUGGAGCGUCUUGAGGAAGAUAGUAUUCGAGGGAGGAAAGUGUUGAAGAACUUGGGUGAGUGA